AUAUAUAUAUAUAUUAUAUAUAUAUAUAUAUAUAUAUAUAUAUAUAUAUAUAAAUAUAUAAACGAUGUCUGGUCUAAUGGCUUUUCUUGAAGAAAAUAUUCGUUACGAGUUAUUAAUUUUAAUAUGGGUUUUGUACUUUUGGGAUCUUUAUCUGAAUUUGCGUCAGAGAAAGUUGUUGCAAAGAUUGGUUGAUAUACCAGAUAAUGUAAAAAAUAUUAUGACCAAAGAUGUUUACGACAAAGCACGUCUUUAUGCUUUGGAUAAAAAUAGUUACAGUUUAGUUCAAAACGUAUAUACCCAAUGUUUUAAUACGAUACUUUUAUUGUUUUUUGUCUUUUAUUAUUAUUGGGAAUGGAGCAUUCAGUUAUCAAAAUAUUUUGGUUUAAAUUACGAAAAUGAAAUUAUUGUCAGCGCUGUAUGCAUAUUCAUUAAGGUUAUCAUUUCUGAUAUUAUUGAUUUACCUUUGAAUAUAUAUGAUACAUUUGUAUUGGAAGAAAAACAUGGGUUUAACAAACAGAAACCAUUAUUCUUUAUAAAAGAUCAAUUUUUAAAAUUGAUUGUAUUAGAAGUAAUUGUGGUACCUCUAAUGUCUGGAGUGAUAUGGAUUGUAAAGAAUGGCGGUGAUUACUUCUUCUUUUAUCUUUGGGCAUUUUCUGUUCUUGUAACAUUAUUUAUGAUGAUUAUAUAUCCAGAAGUAAUAGCACCUCUUUUCGAUAAGUAUACUCCAUUACCAGAAGGAGAUUUAAAGCAAAAGAUUGAAGCGCUUGCUGCUUCUUUAAAUUUCCCUUUGUAUAAGUUAUAUCUAGUUGAGGGAUCUAAAAGAUCUUCGCAUAGUAAUGCUUAUAUGUAUGGUUUUUAUAAACAUAAAAGAAUUGUGUUAUUUGAUACUCUUGUGAAAGAAUACUACAAACCAGAUAAGGAUGAUGCUAAAAAAGACAUUGGUUGUGAGACAGAUGAGGUAUUGGGUGUACUUGCUCAUGAGUUGGCUCACUGGAAGUUUAAUCAUACUUUAAAAGGUUUCUUAUUAUCACAGAUCAAUUUCAUUAUAACUUUUGUAGUAUUUGCCAAACUAAUGAAUUAUAAAGCAAUGUAUGUUGGAUUUGGUUUUGAGGAUUCACAACCAAUCCUUAUUGGAUUUAUCAUUGUGACCAAAUAUAUCUUAUUCCCACUCAAUACGAUAAUGCAAUUUAUAUCAGUGGUUAUUAUGAGAAGAUUUGAAUUUCAAGCAGAUAAACUUGCUGUAAAAUUGGGAUAUAGUGAAUCAUUGAAGAAAGCAUUGAUUAAAUUGCAGAAAGAUAAUCUACAAUAUCCUUUAUAUGAUAAAUUGUAUUCUGCUUGGAACCAUAGUCAUCCACCUAUUCUUCAGCGGCUUAGUGCUAUAGAUAAGAAGGAUUGAUAUUGUAUUAAUAACAAAGUUUAAUGCAUGAAAAAUAAAAAUGAAUGUCAUACAUCCAGUAAUCAUAAAAAACGUGAUUAAUAAUAUAUAUACUAUAUGUGAUUAAUAUUAUACUAUAUGUGAUUAUAAAGGUUACUACAAAUGCUUCCUUUUGAUUAAAAAGUAAAUGGAAAGUAUUGUAUAUGUAGUCGAACUAUUUUCUGUUAAAGACAAUUUUUCAAAAUAUCAUUAUACUCAUAUAAAGCCUACAAAUUAAGAAGUCGCAUUGUAUAACAUCUUCAACGAAUUAUUAUGACUAAUUGAAGAUGUAUAUCUAUUUUGUAUAUUUUAUAUUUGAUUCAAAAUUUUCUCAUACAGCUUAUACAUUAAGUACAUUUUGUAAGUUUAUCAUAUAAGUAUUGUAAUCAUAUAGUUUUGUUUCUACAAAAUUUGUGUAUACAUAAGUGUAUUUUUCUAGAUAGGUACUUACGUUUUUCAUGUAUUUCGUCAUUUUUUAAAAUUUAUAUACUUAAUAAUAUGAAUGAAAAUCUUAUACUUAAAUGUGAAAUAUAAUCAUACUUAAAAUAAUAAAUGUAUCUUAAU